AUGAAUAACUGUCGAAAACGUAAGCUUAGUGACUGUGGGUCUCCCUCUUUUGCUUCUGUUGCUCCUCUUUUGCGCAGGAGUCGACGAUCUCGAUUUUUUACUUCUGUUGCGCUUCCUACGUAUUAUGACUGUGGGGAUUGUAUAUGUGUUUGUGAAUUUUGUGGAGCUUUGUUUUGGUAUAUUGAAAGGCUUGGAAAUCGUUGUCAAACUAAUCGUCCUAAGUAUAAUCACUGUUGUAAAGGAGCUUCUGUUGUGUUACCUCUUCCGCGAAUGCCUCCUCCUGAACUUUAUAACCUUUAUACAGAUGCUAAUUUUUUGAAUGACAUUAGAGGUUAUAAUAGUAUGUUUUCCAUGACGUCUUUUGGGUCUAUUGUUGACGAGGAUAUUAACAACGGUCAUGGUCCAUAUGUUUUUAAGGUUUCUGGUCAGGUUUGUCAUUGGAUAGGGUCUUUGUGUCCUGAUGAGUCUAAAGGUCCAAGGUUCUUGCAGUUGUAUGUUGUCGAUACUGCUAAUGAGGUUUCUAAUCGGUUGAAAGCCUUUCACACCUCUACUAAAAAAGGUUUAGAUGGUGCUGUUGUAAAAAUUCUAAUGGAAUCCCUUUCAAUUCAUAAUGAAUAUGUUAGGACAUUCAAAACAGCUAAAGAAAUGGCUGAAGCUAUGAAAUUAGAUUCCUAUGCAGUUCGUUUGUUCAGUGACGUCCCUGAUCGUAGGUAUGGUUGCCCAGCUGCUGGUAGUUUAGGUUGUAUUGUUACUGGCGAUGACAGUAAUUGUAGCAAGUAUGACAUCAUUGUUCACUCGAAAUCUGGUAUUCCUCAACGAGUAAGUAAACUUCACCCAAGUUAUAUGCCACUACAAUAUCCUUUGCUUUUCCCAUUUGGUGAGGAGGGUUGGUCUCCACGUUUGAAAUUACGUAAUGAGACGGGGAACAGUGUUAGGAACCUCACGGUAAACAUGUAUUAUAGUUAUCAAAUCCAUGCACGUCGAGGUAUGUAUUCUCUUAUACUCAAUUCCGGUCGGCUUUUCCAACAGUACCUUGUCGACGCUUAUACUUGUAUUGAAGCUGGUCGGUUAGAUUAUGUCUUAAACAAUCAGGACCAUUUACGAUCCGAAUUUUUGUCCGGUCUUUAUGAUGCCCUCUCUAAAGGGGAUAGAGAGAACCGUUUCGUGGGUAAACGUGUUUUCUUACCUGCAUCAUUUGUUGGUGGUCCCCGAUAUAUGUACAGUCAUUAUCAAGACGCCUUAUCGAUUUGUAGAGUGUAUGGGAAUCCACAAUACUUUAUUACAUUUACAUGCAAUGUCAAGUGGCCAGAGAUAAGACGACACAUGGAAAGUUAUGGUCAGCGUGAUGCUCACAAUAGACCUGACAUCAUAACUAGGGUUUUCGAGAUGAAAGUGGCUGCCUUUAUUAACUUUCUAAAAGAAGAUAAAACUUUUGGCGAACUUCAAGCACAUUUGUACACUAUUGAGUUCCAAAAGCGAGGAUUACCGCAUUGUCACACACUUCUGUGGGUGUCGAAAUCAGAUUCUAUCCAAGAACCUGCUGAUAUUGACAGCUUUAUAAGUGCUGAACUUCCAGAUCCUGUUUCAGAAGCAUUGUUGCAUCGGACAGUGACAACGUGUAUGAUCCAUGGUCCGUGUGGUCCAUUAAAUAAUAAAGCUCCUUGUAUGAAGGAUGGGAAAUGUAGCAAGCGUUUUCCGAAACCGUUUCGUGACGCUACAACUUUUGAUGACGAAGGUUACGCACACUACAAAAGGGAUGCAGUGAGACGUCAUACAAUGCAAAAUGGUAUUGUUAUCGAUAACAGAUAUGUUGUCCCAUAUAACAAGCGGUUGUGUAGUCGGUUCGAUGCGCAUAUAAACGUCGAAUAUUGUGGCUGGAAUAUGAUGGUCAAAUAUAUAUUCAAAUAUAUUUCAAAAGGGGUUGAACGUGUUAGAUUUGUUGUUCAAAAGAGUGAGGCGGCCGACUCUGGUGAUCCAAAUUCACAGGUUCGAGUUUUGAACGAAGUCCAAAACUUUCUAGAUGCACGUUAUAUAUGUCCUCAUGAGGCCGCAUGGAGAAUCUUUAAUUUCGACAUCCAUCGACGGAAUCCCCCUGUCAUGAUAUUACCUGUCCACUUACUAAAUAUGCAACAUGUUAUGUUCAAAGAGGCUGGUAGAAUAGAAGAUGUCCUUCGCAAUCCUGGUUUUGCAAGAACACUACUACUUGGAUGGUUUGACAGCAAUGCAAGAGAUCCACAAGGUCGAGAUCUUACGUAUAUAGACUACCCAAAUAGAUACGUGUGGGAUGCUAGAUCAAAGGAAUGGGGACAAAGAGUUUUAGAAUCUUCAAAAAGUAUAGGUAGGCUUGUGUUUGUCCAUCCAUCUUCGGGAGAGUUAUUCUAUCUUCGGAUGUUACUCUGUCAUCAAAAAGGAUGCACAUCUUAUGAAGAUGUUCGUACGGUGCAUGGUCAUCUUCAUCCAACUUUUCGAAGUGCAUGUAACACACUAGGGUUAAUAGGUGAGGACAUGGAAUGGCUGACGGCCUUCAUUGAAGCUUCAUCAUGGGCUACUUCUUCACAGUUACGUUCCCUCUUCUGUCAUCUAUUGCUUUUUUGUGAUGUAAGUAAUCCACAAUCACUUUGGGAUGUUGCAUGGCGGAAGAUGAUAGAUGAUUACUUGCUUAAACUAAAAACCGAGUUCCCAGAUAAACGAUUUCAUAUGAAUGAUGAUAUAGUGCAGCAACAACUCCUUUUUGAACUAGAAAAUGCACUCCGAUCUUCUACACCUUCUAGAUCGUUAGCUGACUUCCAUUUACCCGUGCCAAAUCCGGAUACUAUUGUAGUCCUGCAAAAUCGUCUCUUGCUAGAAGAGUCAAGUUAUGAUAAGGAGUCCUUGCAACACCAACACUCACAAAUGUUUCUACAAUUAAAUGAAGAUCAGAUGCGUAUUUAUAAGACCGUUGUCAUAUCCGAAGAAAACAAAAAACAGGUGUUGCUUUUUGUGUACGGACAUGGUGGGACUGGAAAGACAUUUUUAUGGACUACAUUACUUGCAUACUUCAGGUCUAUUGGGAAAAUCGUUCUUGCAGUGGCUGCUUCGGGAAUUGCAUCUCUACUUUUGCCUUCUGGAAGAACUGCUCACUCACGGUUUAACAUCCCAAUCAAUUUGGCUGAAAAAAAAUCAUGUGACAUCAAGAAAAGGACAUUACUUGGAGAUUUGCUCAAACGGACAUCCCUCAUUAUAUGGGACGAGGCACCGAUGAGCGACCGCCGAUGUUUUGAGUACCUCGAUCGAUCUCUUAGAGAUGUGUUGGAGUGUGAAAAACAACCUUUCGGUGGCAUUUCAGUUUUACUUGGUGGUGACUUCCGUCAAACACUUCCAGUUUCCCCAAAAAGUUCCCGAACUGAGAUUAUUGCAUUAACCCUUCCAAAUUCAUACCUGUGGUCAUAUUUUGAGGUCUGUACACUGCAUCACAACAUGCGCUUAACACAGACUACCACUGAUGUAAGUGAGGGUCUAUCCAUAGCUGCUUUCGCUGACUGGCUGCUUAACAUUGGGAAUGGAACUUUAGGUGUGCCAGAUGCAGACAAUCCACAUACUACAACCUGGGUAGAAAUACCACCUUCGCUUUUAAUACCAAUAGAUAGUGAGUCUUUGAAAAACCUAAUCCUCUUUGUCUAUGGAAAUAGACUGCUGGAUAAUCCCUCUCCAUCCGAUCUAUCUGUAAGGGCUAUUGUUUGUCCCACAAAUGACACUGCUGACAAGUUAAACGCAAUAAUUCUGGAAAUGGUAAAGACUGAUGAAAGGGUUUAUAAAAGUACAGACGCUAUGCAACCUAAUGGCAAAUAUACAUCAGAGUUAGAGGGUUUAUAUCCCAUUGAAUAUCUAAAUCAGCUAACCUUUGCUGGAAUCCCACCUCACACUCUCAAGCUGAAAAUAAAAGCUCCUAUUAUGUUGCUGAGAAACAUUAACCAGAGGGAAGGUUUGUGUAAUGGCACACGGUUAAUUGUUUCACAACUACUUCCAACCAUAAUUGAAGCAACAAUUAUAACAGGAACGUGCACUGGGAAGCGUGUAUACAUACCUCGCAUUAAAUUCGUUCACAAACCUGCUAAUCUACCGUUUGCCUUUGAACGUAAACAGUUCCCAAUUAAAAUUUGUUAUGCCAUGACAAUAAACAAAAGCCAAGGACAGUCACUAAAAAGGAUUGGCAUCUAUUUGCCACAGCCCGUAUUUACACAUGGUCAACUUUAUGUUGCAUUAUCAAGAGCAACAUCACCUACAUCCCUGAAAAUCCUAAUAAACAAUGACGAAUGUACACCUCAUAAUCAAACAAAAAAUGUCGUUUUUAAAGAUUUCUUAUCCAAAGUGAACUGUAAUGAGGGAGAUGCUAUACAGAUUCUGGGACAAAGAACAAAUCAGGGGUACAUAGAAUCAAUUUUCAAUAUCUCUAACUGCUACACAAUAUCAGAGUACACCUGUCCCUAUUUAGACGAGUAUCAGAAAGUUCUAGAAAACGAAAUCUAUAUGGAUGUUGGCCUGAUUUCCAUAAUUGUUCCUCUUCCUGACACUAUCACAAUCCCUGCAACCUGGUUCCGGUUUGCCUCGAAAACAGAUCUCCUCAACUUAGGUGAAAACCCGUCGUAUUAUCCAGAUUUCAUUGGCGUGCUAAAAAAAAUGAGAAAUUGCACAAAGCGUAAUGGAGAAGAAUUCGUUCUUCUAAUUCUUGCAGACGAAAGUGGUGAUGAAAUAGCGAUCAGUUUAUGGAAAGAGUGUAUUGAUGUUCGUGAGAAAUUCAGACCUGAAGAGUUGGCAACCCCUCCUGCGACAACAGUUGUUGCCAUUACAAAUAUAAAGCCUUCAUCAAUACACAUAGCAGGUACUUUAAGGUUCGGAUCAUCACCUGCCACACACGUAUAUGUCAAUCCCCCCAUCCAGGAGACAACACUUCUAAUCCACAGCUUCACUGGCCCUACACCCCCAACUUCCACAGCAUCUGGAGCACUAAAAACACUGCAUGAGCUAAACAGCAAGAUUCAUAGUGAACUGGUGGAUAAAACAUUCAAUGUAAAAGCUACACUGACAACAAUCACAUUCAAAGACUGCUGGUUCCAAGUACUAUGCACAACUUGCAAAGAUCCGAUUUUCAGGAAAAGCAAUUACUGGAGUUGCAGUGCUCACGGAAAAACACCCUCACCCAUAUUCCUGUAUAAACUAAUUACAACUCUGACGGACCCAACGGGUUCUCUAACUACAAUCAUGACCGAUGGCGCGGCUCAAAAACUAAUUGGUGCUACACCAGAAAAACUAAUGACUGAUGAUCAUGAAAGCAAUAAAAAGCUCCCACCAACACUUAUCAAUGAUCACGAGGGCACAUCAAAGACUAUGUCAAUCCAAAUGCUAAAAGGCUCUACAGCUGAAAACAUUCGUUUCAUAAUUGUUGACAUACAUGAAGUAACCAUGGUUAAUCAGUCAGUUGCACCGGUCACACCAACACAAGUUUCAACAACUACAACGACAGCAACACUAAUCACUCCAGCAGACCUUCAAGGUUCCGCAAAUGUUGAAAUCAAUCCUAUACUUGGAAUGGCAUCUACAACAUCACAAACAUCACACACAGCAAGAACAUUGACAUACGACACCGCUGGUACUUACAUAUCCACUUUACUUGGAUAA